UGUGAGGACGUAAACAAAACAAAACACGUUCUAUUUAAUGAAAUAGUUUUAUUAACUGACAAGAUGUUGUCUUUAAAUACAAAAAGUAUUGUUAUUUUGUCGACAAUUAUUCUGUUAUGUGCAUUCAUUUACAAGAAAAAAUCUGACACCCUUCAGAAGGAAAAAAUACACCAAGUUUUGCAUGGACUUUUGAGGGCCGAGAGAAAAGUUGGUGUGGAUAGAAACACCCGUAUUGCUUUAGGAUUUGGUGGGUGUGAAGAUAUAUUUGUUGAUGCACAGGACCUACUUCAAGGUCUUAACUACACAGUCCCAUCUGAUCCAGAACACGUGACUGACAUUCUCUCUGAGACUGAUUUUACCAAGAUAUUCACCUAUUUCUUCAAGCAAGGUGCUGCCGGGGAGCGAUAUGUUGAAAAUGCAACCCUCUUUUCUGAGAUUGCAAAAGUUGCGAGGUCUGUACCAGGGGCAAGGACAGCCUUAGGUGGAAAUGCUCCGGCCAUGGCUACCAGAUUGGCGAUGGAGGGGGCAGAAAUCCUCCUGGCUGCAAGGUUCACUCAAGAAGCUUUGAAACUUAUGCCAGAUACCAUAAAAGUGCUUGGAAAGCCUCUGCAGGAAGAUGAGCUCCACAUUCUGUUUGAGUAUGCAGCUGGUAGUCGAUGGGGAAACUACACUGCCUCAAGGGCAAACAGGUUCAUAAUCCAUAGUGACAAGAGCAACCCCUUCUUGGAUACUCUCGAGGACCUGGAGGCCGUGUUGCCGGCCUUCGACCCCUCAGUGCUGGUGGUGGGUGGUCUGCAGAUGAUGGACAACUUCCCCUUCAAACAAGGUGUUAGGAAAGAGAGAAUCGAGAAGUUACGUGAAAUGCUUGUCAAAACGGACCGUUCCACAAAAACCCACUUUGAAUUGGCUUCUUUCAGUGAUGAAACCCUGAUGAGGGAAAUUGUUGACAAUGUUGUCUAUUAUUCUGAUUCCCUUGGCAUGAAUGAACAGGAACUUCCUAAUUUGGUCAGCAUUUUAACCAGUGGUAAAAUAGCCUUAGUCUCUGAUUCAAAGCCAAGAAUCGCUAGCGUUCUUGAUCAGAUGAGGGUAGUUUUUAAUCUUCUAAAGAACACCGAAGAAAAAGAUGGAAAACGGAAACUGACAAGACUGCAUUUACACACUCUAGCCUACCAGGCCAUUCUAACCCAGAAAGGAUCGGACUGGAAAAACACAAUGGCGGCCGCAGCGAAAGCUUCGCUCACUGCAAACAGGCACGUCUGUGGCUCCAAUUAUAUUGAUAUGGAAAAGGCCAAACUGCUGAUGGAUGAAUCAUUUUCAACAACUGCAAGAGUAGAAGAGGCAAGUAAAAUUCCAUUGGAGGAAAACCGACCAGUAUCAUGCUGGUCAGAAGAGGAGUUUGAUAUCUGCCUGGCACCAGUACUCGUGUGUACAGAGGUUUUCCAGACCGGAGGUGGGGGGGAUAACAUCUCUUCUGCUGGUCUCCUCUAUCAAAUAUAGGUGCUCAGUUGUGAUAACAUCUGGAGAGGAAAUAAGCAUAAUUGUAAUCAUUUCAGUUAUUUCAAUGACAAUUUAAAGUUAGAUUAACAUGGACUGAUCACUGGCACAGGUAUCUAUUUUAUUAUUUAGAAAUAAUUCUUUUUUUGUCAUGUCUAUCUGUGUUAAUAAUUGCUAUGAUGUAUUCAUUACCAGUAAUGUUUUGAAUUAUCAUAUAUGAUUGAAGUUGCUCAAAAUCUGUUUUUAAUUUAAUACUGGUUUAAAUGUCAAAGAAAAUUAAUGCUACCGGUAUUUGUAUAAUUUUUUGGCCAAGUAUUAUACAUUACUGUUCAGAAUAUGUUUAUUUGUAUUCUAUCUAUUUAAAAUGGUGCUCAGAGUUUUUAUAUUUUUUAAUCAGUGUGUGUGUGUGGGGGGGGGGG